UUGUUUUUUGUUUUGUUCGCAGGUUGUUCUAGUGAAGUGUUCAAAUCUUUCUUUUGCGAGCUUGAUUAAUAGUUGUGAUGGCGCUGGAUGUGGAUAAGCAUAAGAGUGCUUUGAUUGAUGCGUGGAAAAAGGUUUUGGACGAGAAAGACCCGACGGAUUGGGCACUUUUUGGCUAUGAAGGACCGUCAAACUCCUUGAAAUGUGUUUCAACCGGAGAUGGCGGGAUUGAGGAAUUAUUGGAAGACUUUAAUAGCAGCCUUAUAAUGUAUGCAUUUUGUCGGGUCAUGGACCCGAAGACGAGUUUGCCCAAGUUUGUCAUCAUCAAUUGGCAAGGAGAAGCUGCCCCGGCUAUGCGCAAAGGGCUGUGCGCGAACCACAUCCCGCAUGUGGCGUCAUUUUUCAGAGGAUCCCAGCUCAGCAUCACUGCGAGAACGGAAGACGACGUUGAUCCGGAAGUUGUCCUGGAGACAGUUUCCAAGGCCACAGCUUCUGCGUAUCAAUUUCAAACGCAGAAGUCCGACGAGUCCGAGGUUGACCAGAAAGUGGGAACCGCGUACAAACGGAUAAUUCCGACGCGUGACAUAAAUAAAUCGGAGCGGGAGAAAUUCUGGGAGCAACAAGAAGCAGAGGAAAAGAAAAGGCUAGAAGAAGAGCAGAGAAAACGAGAAUCUGAUUUGAAGCGCUUGGAGGAAGAAAGGAAUCGCAGAGAAGUGGCUGAAGCUAAAGCCAGAGAAGAAAGAGUUCGUGAGCGAGUUCGAGCAAUUAAGCAAAUCAAGGAAGCCGAAGCUGAUAAGAGUCAUCAGAGUCAAAGGGCUGAAAAGGCCGCCUGGGAAAGGAAAGUUGAGGAAGACGAAAAGGAUGCUGCGGAUUCUGUUCGACGGAGUCGUGAUGAAAGACGUAUGCGGGAUCAAGAAACGAAGCAGAUAAUCGGCCGGCGUGUGAGCGAUUCCAGGUCAAUUUUUGAGCAGAAUUCAGCCGCCGGUCAGUUGAACGCUCGUCAGUCCAACGGUCUAUCGUCUCCCACAGCGGCUGCUCCGAAAGCACCGAGUCCUCAGCGCGUCAGUCCUCUUCCGGCAAAUAAUGUGAUAAACAACCGUGAACCGGAGCGGUUUGUGGAGGAUGUUCCUGUUCAGCGAAUUAUGACGAAUGUCGCUGUUGAGCGCGAGGAAAUCAUAGAAGUAAAGAGACCCUACGUGGAACCGGAACCAGAAGUGGAGGAACCCGCCUGGACGAAAGCUGAAGAGUUGAUUUCAGCGCCGGUGGGCUUCGAAACCCCGGCUGAACCGACGAAACGUAGUUUCGAAGAACAGUAUGCUGCGACUGUCGGUCAGGGUUUACGGGCUCGUACCUUGUAUGACUAUCAAGCAGCCGAUGAUACAGAAAUAAGCUUCGACCCGGAUGACAUAAUCUGCCGGAUCGAUCAGAUCGACGAAGGCUGGUGGCAAGGACUGGGUCCGAGCGGAGACUACGGCUUAUUCCCAGCCAACUACGUCCAACUCUUGGAGGAUUAGAGAACGACGCGGAAACCAAAAGAAAGGAACGAAAAAUAUCUUUAUUUUCAUUGAGAACGUGGCGUGUUUGAGGCGGUGUGAAAAAAAAAAAGAAAAUUCCGGCGGAGAGGUUCGCAAUGAUGGAUGAAGGCACCGGAGGCAGUUACGUACUGUACGCAGUUGAAAAAAGUUGGAUGCGAUCGCGUACACUCAACGUGAUAUUCUAUUUUAAUUUUUGAUUUUGCACCUGACAACCCUGACCUCUUUCCCUCCCCUCCCCACGUGUUCUAGUAAUGGUCUUGAAACUUCAUGCUGAUCUCCUACAGCUUUCAGAAUUUUUUUUUUGGUACGAAUCGAGAAGGCUCGGUUUGGCGAUGACUUUUUGGGAGCGAGAAUUUUGACUUCAUGCUUGAAAUUAUUCCGUUUUUUUAAACCUCAACGCUCAAUAUCUUGCACGGAUACUCAUUGUAAACUUGAGGAUUGUAUUUGAAAAUCAAGCGAGAUCGCAUCUGCAUUCAUUCGAAGUGUAAAGAGAGCAAUCCCGUUUUCAUGUAUUUUACUUCGUCAUUCUUGUGCUCGAUUUGCAAGCUUUCAUUGCGAUUUCUGGCGCAGCUUUAAAACGAUGAUUACGGUAUAUGGUGUCGACAUUUUGAGAAACUACAUCUGUAAUUUGUCAAGUAUUGCGAAAUUUACUCACAAUGCUUCCGUAGGAGUAGUGGUUGAAGAGAAAGUGAUAAGUGUAGCUUUUGUUGUCGGUUGAUCUAUUGGGAUUUGAUGAAUCGUUACAAAAAUGUGCCACGCCCUCGUGUUUGAUUGAAAUUCAUUCGCAGCUGUAGAAUUCUGGCGAAUCGGUUUCAGUUUCAUGGGAAAAAGAGGAUGUAUUUUCUUAACUGCCUUUUAUGUGAUUGUACAGUGUUGAUUUUUUUUCUCAUCAACGAUCCUUCGUAGUUUUCCGCGGUAGUAUGUAGGAUAUGUAUGAUGAUGAUGCGUUUCAAAUCUCCCGUUACGAAUUUGUGCGUUUUUGUUGUUGUUUUCAAAUCUGAAGAUGUCCCCAAGAAAUUAUUGUGCAUUUUUCGAAUUCACUGGGAUUGAAUAACCCUUCGGUCAAUGAAGCUGAUUUUACUUGA